UAACGAAAAGCUCAGUCAAGUUUUGUGAGUCGAAGGAGACGCAUCAGUUUAUCUGAGCGCAGACGACUACACGACUAUCGACACGUUGUGUUUUUUUUUUACUCGUGGAUAUUUCUACUGCAUUGUUUCGACACAGAGGAGAUAUACACACGGACACGUGACCUACAAAGUGACCCAGGCGCUGUCGCUUUAAAGCGAACAUCUCCCCUCCCCCCGAUAUUGGAGCCCCCCAAUCACCCAGAUAACAUGGACGGAUUCUAUGACCAGCAAGUCCCAUUUAUGGUCCCACCCAGUCACAAGUCUCAUGUGGAGGAAUCAUCUCACAACAGGCCUCUGAACGACAGGAAAAGGAAAUUUGUCGACACAGAGCUCGCCCAGGACACAGAAGAACUCUUCCAAGACCUCAGUCAGCUGCAGGAGAUCUGGAUUGCAGAAGCCCAGGUGCCCGAUGAUGAACAGUUUGUUCCAGAUUUCCAGUCAGAUAGCUUGAUGUUUCAUGGCCCGCCACCAGCCAAGAUCAAACGAGAGCUGACUCCCUCCAAAGAGCUUUCUCCCUGUCGCCAGGACAGGAGUCCCAUGCCCUACGGAGAGAAGUGCCUUUACAGCUACAGUGCCUGUGACAGGAAACCCACCCCUGGGUUCAAGCCAUUAACUCCCCCCUCAACACCGGUCUCUCCUUGUGGCCCCACCAGCACAGGAGGAACACACCCACUGAGUGAGCAGACGCCGCCUCCUCACCCCCAUGUAGCCAAUCCGACCCCAGGGCCGCGUCCACUGCACAUACAACAGCCUAUAACAGCAAGCGCAGGAUCUCCCAACCAGCAAACACUCCCAGUCCACAGCCCGCCCUUUGCCGUGCCCUGUGCACCCAUCAACCAGGAUGCCAACCACUUCACACCUGAGCACAGGUUCCAGAGGCAGAUGUCAGAGCCAUGUCUACCUUUUCCCCCAUCAGAGAGCCAGGGGCGCACCCAGUUCUUGCCUCAGCCCGCCAGCAGCAACAACAACAGUCUGCCACGUGACAGCCGGCCACCGUACCACCGGCAGAUGUCAGAGCCAUUGGUAGCUGUGCCUCCCCAGGGUUUCAAGCAAGAGCUCAUCGACCCACGAUAUACCGAGCAGGGUGUCCCCUCCAUGGGCCCCCCAGGUCCUCCCCAAGGCCCUCCACGUCAGGCUGCUUUCCACCCCAUGGCCAUCAAGCAGGAGCCUCGUGACUUCUGCUUCGAUUCUGAAGUGCCUAACUGUCAGUCAUCAUUUGGGAGAGCAGGGAGCUUCUACCAAAAUAACCAUGAAAGCUUCUCCUUUGACAGAGAUCCUCAGCUGUACUUUGAUGAUACCUGUGUGGUCCCUGAAAGAUUAGAAGGUAAAGUCAAACAGGAACCUUCUGUUUAUCGUGACGGACCUCCCUACCAGCGACGCGGCUCCCUGCAGCUCUGGCAGUUCCUGGUCACAUUACUGGAUGACCCAGCCAACGGCCACUUCAUCGCCUGGACUGGGCGUGGCAUGGAGUUCAAGCUCAUUGAGCCUGAGGAGGUGGCUCGUCGCUGGGGCAUCCAAAAGAACAGACCGGCCAUGAACUAUGACAAGCUGAGCCGCUCGUUGCGUUACUACUACGAAAAGGGCAUCAUGCAGAAGGUAAAGGUGGCUGGUGAGAGGUACGUGUACAAGUUUGUGUGUGAUCCCGAGGCACUCUUCUCCAUGGCCUUCCCGGACAACCAGAGGCCCAACCUGAAGGUCGAUCCCGACAGUCUGCCGGGGCUGGACGAAGACACUGUGCCCCUCACUCACUAUGACGAAAGCGCUCCCUACCUGCUGGACGUCGGGGAGCAGUGUGUGGCAGGCUUGCCCUUCCCAGACGGCUACAGCUACUAACCAGCGAAGGGUCCCGAUGCACACCACACAUUUACACGCAAACACUCCCAAAGUCUCUCGACGCCCACUCUAAAAUCCAGAGCUGGAACUGCUGAGCUGCUGGCAAGGAAAACCUGGCGCUCGAAUCCUUCAUGGCUCUCUCUCCUGCUCCCUGGAAAACCUUCAUAAACUCUGUAAGCUCCCAAGCUAAGAAUGAAUGAGGGAACAACCUGCGACAGCUCGUCUCCUACGCCAUCAUAUGAGAGAGAGAGAAACGGAGAGGGUUGUGAAGUGGACUCUGUAGCUCUGCCCACCUUACAAGCUACCUAAAGGAAGAAAACGGGCUGAUGUUGCUAUGGAGACCAAGCGAAGCAAGGCCAUACGCCGCCAACCUAAAAAGAAUGGGCAGACACCCUCUUUAUACAAGACUGAAAGAGUUGUUGCAUAUAUGAGUUUGUGACACUCUGCUUUUCUUAAAAACAAUCAAGUAAUCAACAGAGUAAAAACAUGAAAAAUCUGAUGAGAUAAUCUAAAUGCAGCACUAUUCAUUCUAUAGAUGCCUUUUUGGGUCCCCCCCAUGUUCAUGUCACCACAUUUGAACUACAAGAUCCGUGAAAGGGCUUUAAUUUGCAAAGACGGAUAGACAAAAAAACAAAACACACAAACAUAUUCUACACCCACUGAUCAGUUUGUUUCCUGUAGAUAGGACUGCAGUUUUUUGUUUUUUUUUGUUUUUUUAAAUAUGUCGGCUGUUUUACAGUUUUGUUGAAACUUUAGAGACCCAGAACUCUCAGGUUACUGGGGCGUUGCUGUAUUUCAGGCUAGUCGGUCGGGCUGCUCUCUCGUGUAAAUGUUACGUUCUUUAAUCGUUCUGCCCAUGUACGAGAUUGUGUCUGCUUCCCUUUAGAGACUGCACCCCAAGGUAGGAGCCCACAGUCUAUACAGUAUACUCCUCUCAUGUCUGUUCAUCAAUGCUGGGUCCUUUUAUUGCUCAACUGUAGAGAUGAUUAGCACCCCAUCUCCUCCAUUUCAAAAGGGACACAUAAUGCGAGUACAUAUUUUCCCUGCGGCGUUGAUCAUUCAUAAAAGCCUAAGAAGUUAUUAUGUAUGAUAAAUGGUCACAUUUUUGUAUUUCUGUCUGGGUGCUUAAUGUUUCCUCGGCAGUGUACUAGUUCUUCUGAUGCACCAGUAUGGCAGGAGCAUCGGGACAUUGCAUGCAAAACAAAGAAGGGUGACAUUUUGACACCCUCUUUUGGGCACCACUCUGCCAAUCACGUUUGUCAACAGGAGACUUCUGCUUCUCUUCGCAUGGUGUAAUCAGUCAAGACUGUGUCCACUAACAUAUCGCUUUACUGUCUUUGGACAAAGAUGAUAUUUGUGAUAUUCUCUGCAUUUUUUUGUGUUCAUUAUCUAUGUUUCCUAAUGGGGGCAAAGACAAACGUAUAUAAAGUAUAUAUUUUUGCUAUAAGGCUGCAUUUGUUUUGAUUUUAAUGUAUAAGCUGUAUAGUUCUGGCUCUAAUAGAUAUGUACCUUUUUAAAAAACAAUAUUGAUCCUUAUGACGCAACUACUGCAGACUGUUUCUUUAAGAGGCCUCUGUAUUGGGUUGGAGAGUAGAAGAGAAGAUGUUAUUAUCUUGCCUGUUAAGUGUGUGUGUGUGUGUGUGUGUGUGUGUGUGUGUGUGUGUGUGUGUUUGAGAGAGAGAGAGAGAGAGUGUGUGUGCGUGUGAGUGAGUGAGUGUGUAAGUGCGUGUGUGCGUGUAAAAGGCCAGAGUUCCAGCAAUGGCUCCAGUGAAGACACAGUAUAUCAUUGGCUCCACCCCAGACACAGGGAUUGUCUGCAAUUGUAUAGGCUUCAGUCCCCUCCCCUCACAAUGUGUUUCUUACACUGCUGAGUUUAUUAUAAUCUGUACUGGGUACAAUAAACAGUCCUUAAUGCUUCA